CCAUCUUCAUCAUCAUCAAUUCAUCAUCAUCAUCAACAACUUCUUCUUCAUCACCAUCAAUGGAAUUUCCCAAUCUGAACCUACUUUUCCUUAAAUCGAUUCAUCAUUCUUCCUACCUUUGAUUUCUUUUUCUAUGUUAUUUUGCUUUCAUUUUCUUUCUCCAGAUUUUCGAAUUCGUCUCUGUUUUUGUUUAUAUAUUUUUUUUUCUCUUUUCUUUUGUGUGAUCAACCAAAUUCCACCAACCGACUUCGUCCUCUGUCUGGCCCAUACUAAAACCCACACUGCUUUUGCUUUUCUUUUUUCCCGGGAAAUUUAAUCUCUUUUCCUCAUUUCGUCAUUAUUAGUAGGGAAUGAUCUUUUAGGUUUUUGUUUGCCCCGAUCUCGCUUUUUGUUUUUCACUAUCUCCGAGUAAACCCUAGAAUAUCCGCUUCUAUGUCGAUGGAUUCUAGGUGUUUAAUCUCUACUCUCCACGGUUUUCACUGGGCUUGUAAUUAUGUCUAGGGUUUACUCGGUCACCUUUAUUAUCACUUAGAAUUUGAUCCCUGUCCAUAAUUCAUCGCCAUCUUUUCUUUCUUUCGUUGGAAUAAAGUUUCCAUUUUUAUUUUCCUCUCUUUCAUUUUCCCACUUUCUCACUCACACCUAUAAUCAUGGCGGUUCCGGGUUCUGGAUUUCACUACUUGAAUUCGCCUUUCGGAGACACAACCUUCACAAAAGUAUUCGUCGGUGGCCUUGCUUGGGAGACUCAAAGUGAAACCCUUCGUCGGCAUUUCGAACAGUACGGUGAAAUCCUUGAAGCUGUCGUCAUUGCCGAUAAGAACACCGGCCGAUCCAAAGGAUACGGUUUUGUGACUUUCCGAGACCAAGAAUCUGCUAGGAGAGCUUGUGCUGACCCAACUCCCAUUAUAGAUGGUAGACGUGCGAACUGUAACCUUGCUUCCCUUGGGAGACCUCGGCCUCCACUGCCCUAUGCACUGAUACCUAACAUACCUGGACGCUUAAGACCUGCUUCCCCGUACAUUGGAAAUGUGCAGGGUCCUCGUGGUUCACUUUUUGGGAACUAUCCGUAUCAGCAACCACUUCCAUAUAACUACCAGCAAGGAGUUGUGUACCCUUAUGGGGUAACGUCAUAUGGAACCGAGUACAUGUACUCACAAUCACAGGGUGUAUAUGGUCCAUACAUGGGGCAGCAGUACCUUCAGGUCUAUGGAGUACCUGGGGCAGUUAAUUCUUCAGUUUAUCAAUAUGGGCAAGUAAAUCAGAGCGUUCCAAGUGGCCACGGUUAUACUGCAAUUCAAGGGUAUUCGGUUCCAGGAAGCCAUUUUGUUCAGCUUGGUGGACCAACUGCCAGUUCGGUGACCACUUCUUCUAUGUCUGUUCUUCAAGUUCCAUACCCUUCAGGCCCUGCUCCAGGACAGUCGCAUAUCAUUGUCCAUUCCCCUCAAUUUAUGCAGAGUAGCGGUUCUGACCAAACAACAAGUUAUCCUUGAAGACUGAGGAGAAAGGAAGUUAAGGAGUAGUGACAUUGCUAUUCAAGGUGGCAGCAGAGGCUUCCUGUUUUAUUAAGUCUUGCACGUUAUUUAUCUUGCAUCCUAAAGGUUAUAUAAAGUAGUCUUGCUCGCUUGGAGGGCACAUGGUGGAAAAGAGAAAAGGAAACUGGAGUUUCAGGGUUUUGUGCUUCCGUUUUCUUACCCAUCCGUCAAUGAUGUUUAUAUCUAAACACAGCUACAAAAAUGCUGCAGUGCUGCUGGCUCAAGCACGGGUUGAGUAGGCACUAUAAUGGUUUCCCGUCGGAGGGGAAAACUGUUGGUAAUAAGUUGGUGUACAAUAUGCAUAUAUAUAUACACACAUACACAAGCAUAUACAAGGUAGAAUCAAAAUCUGAUUCUUUUUUAGUCUAAAGUCGUAAUACUACUACACUUCAGGUACAGGAGUGUAGUAACACUCAUAGUCAUAGGUAUAUAGCCUUUGUCCCAAGUCCUGCAUUGUAAGUAAAACAUGUCCAUGUUCUUGUCUACCCCUGCAUAUAUAUAUUUAUCAUUUAGUUGUGUAGGUUUUCUCUCUUGUUCCAUGUCUGAACACACUAAUGAAUUGUUAUUUGAAGCUUACUUCAAAGUAUGGAGUCAGUUUUUGUCU